CAUAGCUCAGUCUGUGGUGCUUUCUCGCCUCAGUAUUUUCACGUAGUCUCUAGGUACUUCAGUGAAGUAUCUGUGUUCCUCACCAUCGAUCGCUGCAUCUAUCUCUACGCAACCGCUCGCUUCGCCUACCAGAUACGUCAUCAGCAUGGCGCUCGCUGCAGUGUCGUCCAACGGCAUUUCGCGCGGGCUGGCGACUCCCGAGGCGGCUGGGGUUUCUAAGACCACCGUCUCUCAGGCCAAGUCAGUCAACUUUCUUUCCCCCCGGCGCACAUCCCUCUCCUCCGCCAAGCCCCUCUCCGCCUCUUCCCCGCAUCAACGCCUUCCGCGGUUCCGCCCCGCGCAGCCAGUAGCCGCGGUCGCGGCGGAGACCUCCUCCGCGGAAGGCGACUCCGCGGACGUCCCCCCGCCGGGGUGCUCUCGCAUCAAGAUCGAGCUAGCGCGGCCGCUGGGGAUGGUUCUAGAGGAGCGCGCGGGGGGGAUUUUCGUGGCGGAGGUUGCGCGCGGGGGGAACGCGGAGGCUGCGGGGGUGGUGGACGCGGGCGACCAGCUGAUUGCGACGAGUGCGAUCGUGUACGACGACAGCGACUCGUACGGCGGCGUCGUCGUGAAGAAGGGCAUGCGCGUCGUACGGUUCAACGUACGCGGCGAGUCGUUUGACACGGUUAUGGCUGCAAUCAGCACACAUCCCUCGUAUCUCAAGGUCGCCAUAGAGCUGCAGAAGUGCAUGCCUCUCACCAGGGACCCCACCACCUCGUAGAUUCUGUCCUUACCUUCUCAUCAAACCUCCAGGCUAUCUAGAAACUAGAUCCUUUAUUUUUCCCGUUUCUUAUGCUGAAAAUGCGCGAGUGUCAGCUGUGCCUUCAGUAAUCUAUUGGCCUUUCCUGUCUCAUUGGCUUUCCGUGGGCCGUCUGCGUUGGGCCGUGGGCCAUGGUGUGGAACUCACCCAGCCUGUAUGGGAACAACCAGGGGGAGGGGGGUUCUUUUCCAAGCAGUGGCGGAUGGGUACAAUCAUGACUGGCUCACGAGGGGUCCGUCAUUGUUGCUAAGAAUCUGGUUAGGGUAGAAGGAAAGUAUCAGAAUUAGAGAAGUGAAUGAUAGAGAGA